AUGUUAUCAAAAAAUUCUUUGACAUUUCGUGGUCACCUCGAAGGAUUUACUGAGGAUUAUAAUGGAAACUUUUUAUCACAAGUUCAAUUACUUUCUAACUACGACAGUGUCAUGAAACAAAUUUUAGAAAUGCCAUCUGGUUCAAUCCGAUACUUAAGUCCGACCACACAGAAUGAACUAAUACAUUGCCUGGGAAAAAAGGUAUUGAAUGACUUGAUUGCAAAUAUUAAUUCAUCACCAUUUUAUGCCCUAAUGUUAGACACAACACAAGACAUUACCAAGAGAGACCAAUUAAGUGUUAUAUUACGGCAUGUUCACAUUGUUAGAAAUGUAAAUCAAGAACCAACUCAUUUUAAAAUUAAGGAAACAUUUUUAGGAUUUUAUGAAUUGAAGAACCAUUCAGCAGAGGGAAUGUCUAAUCAAGUAUUGACGUUAUUGAAAGAAGCACAUAUUCUAAUUGAAAAGUGUUAUUGGCAAGGUUACGAUGGUGCUAACGUUAUGAGUGGAGUUUACAGUGGUGUACAAACCAGGAUUAAACAAAUCCAACCAAAUGCUGAGUAUGUACACUGUAACAGUCAUAAUUUAAAUUUGGUAAUUAAUGACUGCGUAAAUGGUUCGCAUGAUAUCUUAUCAUUUUAUGCUACUCUUCAAAAUAUUUAUUUGUUUUUUGGAAAUAGCAUAAAAAGAUGGGACCUCCUCUCUAUAUUUACUGGGGAGUCUGAAGUUACAUUGAAAAAACUAAAUCCAACUCGAUGGUCUGGUAGACUACAAUCAUUAACAGCUGUAAAAGUUCGAUUUAUGGAUAUUUUAAAGGCUUUGACUGAAAUAAUCCUUAAAUCGACCAAAAAAGAAAAAAGAGAAGAAGUAAUGUGCGAGGUUAAUUAUGCUUCAAAAACUUUACAAAAACAAGAAAUAGACUUGGAGAAAGCUACUAAAGUUUUAAAACACGUUCGUGAAAAGUUAAAUUACAUUAGAAAUUCAUAUGAACAUAUCAAAUUAGAAGCAGAAGAACUGGCACGAAAGUGGGGCAUCGAAACUAAUUUUCAAUCAAAAAGGCAACCAGUGAAAAAGCAACAUUUUGAUGAAUUGGCUUCAGAUCAUCGGUUUCAGAACAAAGAGCAAUUGUUUAAAAUGAAUGUUUUUUAUUUUGUAUUGGACAAAAUCAGCGUACAAAUUGAACAACGUUUUUUGGGAAUGCAAACCGUGAAAAACCUUUUUUGCUUCUUAGAACCUAAAAACAUAAUAAAUUUGCCUGAUACAGAUAUCUUAGAAAUGUGUGAAAAUGUUUCCAAAAUAUAUUCGAAAGUUAUUUUUGGUAAUCAAUUUCUGCAAGCAGUUUCAUUGUUGAAAACAGACUUAACUUCAAAAAUGUCGAUUAAGCAAUUUUCAAAUUUACUCCUUACUAAGUACAGUUGCUUAGAAAGUGAGUUUUCAGAAAUAUAUACAGUUCUAAUGUUGUUCUUUACUCUACCAGUAACUGUGGCUAGCGUUGAAAGAUCUUUUAGCAAAUUAAAAAUAAAGGACUAUAAAAUAAAUUCUAUUGAUCAGAGUAGGUUAAAAGAACUAGCGAUACUAGCUAUUGAACACAAAGAAGCAGCACAAAUGGAUCUUAAAGAAUUAAUAUGCAGUUUUGCAAAUGCUAAAGCUAGAAGGAAAAAUUUUAAAAUAAUUAAAACAUGUGAGAUUCAUUAUUUCUUCGUUUAA